UGGCGCUCGCAGGGCCACUCACCCUGCACUGGGACGCGUCGGAGGCGUUAUUACCCGCCAUGGACGUUGGGGGGCGGCAUAGGCUCGGGCGGAAGCGAAACGGCAUUUCCGGUGCUCAGCGGGGCGGCCAUUUUUUGUGUAGAGCGGCGGAGGCCGUGCUGGGGUGUCACCAGGGGGAGCGAGAGACGGUACCCGAGCGGAGGAGGAGGAAAACACCGGAGCGGUGGUGGCGGCGCAUCCCGAGCAGUUGUCAAGUUGACAGAGCGAAGUUGCUCAAGUGCCACAGCCUAAUAUGCCUGCUUGCUCUCGCCUCUCGCCGCUCCUUGAUUGAUGUACAAGGCUAUGGAAUAAGUAUUGCAGUUACAAGUAAAAGCCAACAGACCCUUCAACCUAAUGCCAUGAAUGUUCAGAAGAGUCAAAUGGAAGAGAAGGCUGUUCAUUCGUGGUCGCGGCUCUCCUCUGCUGGGAAGAGCGCCUUUGAGGAAGCUUUGAGAGUGUUCAACCCAAUGUCAAAAGACCUGACAGACACUGAGACACAGCUGGUGACUUUUCUCCAAGGCCUUCGGGAAGAAGGCUAUCAGCCCACUAUUCUGAGCAGUAAAGAUGUUUAUGGAUACAAUUCAACCACGGCAGACACACCGCCACCACCACCAACGGCUGGACCGAAGUGUCCUCCAAAAAGCACUUCUGCUGUCUCCUCCUCUAGAUCUCACUCGAAAAAUCAGAUUGGCAAGCCAGGCAACACAAGAGUAGAUAUAUCUGUUAAUGCUGCUAAAAUCUCAAGCAAACACUCGAAUAGAAAUUCUGCAAGUAGAAACUUACUUUUGACUUCACUAAAGCACUCUGACACUGAGAAGACAAAACGCUCAUGUGUUGAGUUUCCUUCUGACAUGUAUCCUGAUGUCUUUCCUGCCAUGAAGUUAUCUGUUGUUUUAGAGGCAUUGGUGCCGUUUAAAGCAACGGCCUCCUCUUUGGCAAGCCUUAAGGAACAGCCUCUAAUCAUUGCAUCAAAGCAAAAUGCCAAGGGAAAGAACAACAAAGCCUACCAGUCCUUAAUAAAAGGGAACUCCUCUUUGAACGGGAUAAACGGCAAAAUUUUAAAGGAGAACGACGCUUGUAAGGCUUUUGAGAUUUUGAAUGGGCGAUUCCUGGUAAAUCCUCAUCCACACUGCAAUGGUAUGGCCCAAACAAGACACAACUCUAAACUACAGACAGAUGUUACCAACAAAGACACAAAACUGGGGGACAGGGACAAAAAACGGAAACUCAGUGAAGUCUCCGAGGAGGCGCCUGUCCACAAGCGGAUACAGAUAACUCUUCCGUUGGUGAAAAGGUCACCUUUUGAUAAGGACAAAUAUAACUUGCUCAAGUCUACAGUCAUUAAAAUAGACAAAACUUCUUCAGACGAAGAAGUGAGAAGGAAAGCACAGAAAAUCUUACGGGUGAACCUUUCUCCAGUUCUCCGAAUCCAGCCUUUGUUUGUCAGCCUCCAGUAAAUUCUCCUUGUACUUUCUCUUUUCUUUCCUUUUUCUCCUCCACACUUCCAGAUGUUGGGAGCUGAGCAGAUGUAUUACAAUUUCCACAAAUGAAAGCUGCUGAUAAUUUUGAAGUUCUCCUUUAUUUCCGUGUCCAUUUUUGUCACUUUAUUUUUUACAGUAUACUUACGCGCAAUGCUACAGACAGAACACUCAGCCAUGUCUAAUAUGAAAUGCGUUGGGGAGGGGGAUGUUGAAUCUUGGACUCUUUUUCAGUAAUCAUUGAACGUUUUGAUACAUGGCAAUAUGUAUAAUUUGUGCAAUAGUUAAGAUAUAUUUCCUAAGGUAUAAUAUGUACUGUGAUUUUGCUUCUCUGUGUUGUUUUGUUCGAUUGGCUAGGGACUGUUGUAAAAAUGUUUAUUUUUUACUAUACGAACUUCUAGGCAUAAGAUGGUUUUGGCAGUUUUGCUGGAACCACUUGAAGUGCAGAAUCUGGAGUUGUUAAAAUACUGGUAAUUAUUAUGGAGCAAUGAGUUGAGAACUUUUUUGUCAUUUUUUUUAGUCUAUAUAGACUGCACUAGAAGGGAAUCCCUUGUUAUAUCCUGGCAUAUUUAAAAGAAAAAAAAAUGGAUGACUGAAGAGCCCAUAUAUCUGUAUGAAUAAAGUUUCUUUAGGAUAUGCCCAAUGCCUUGGUGCUUCUUCUCAGAAUUUGACAUGAGUCAUGGUUUGAGCUUUAUAUGACGCAUAUGACUGAGAAGGUGAUGCCUUGAGAAGUCUGAUCAUAGACCUCCCAUUGAUGCUUAGAGUCGCCACAGCCAUUGAUAAAGCUCUUUAUAAACCCUUUUCUUGUGGUGACAAAUUUGUUACUCACAAUCUUGUCAGGAGAUAACAAGAUGGAGUUCACCUUUUAGAGUCCCAAGGUCAUCACAUACUUUUCUGUAGUGACAGCCAUUGCACAUUGACAAAACAGGGAGUAGAUCCCAGGAGUUCUUCAGAGGUCACUAUGUUGUUUUCCUUUCCGACAUGUCUAUGGCUCGGGAAAUCAUUCUGUUUUGUUUGCUAAUAAUGGAUGAGUUCUGAACAAAGGUAUGUGUAGUUCUAGUACACUUCACGUCCAUUUUUCUUCUUCAGCAAAUCUUUCUCCAUACGUGGGCCUUCUAACUGGGAAACCAUGGUGGUUAUUGGCCAGUCUUUAAUAUUUACUGUUCACUCUACAGUCAUUUAAUGCCUACAUUUUUAUGAUGCCUUCUGUUCUGGAUCUAAUCUGAUUCUAUAAGGUUGACUAAGCCUGCUCUCCUAUAGCUCACUGUGAACGCAAGGGUCUUGGAGGAAGAGGGUCAAUUAAUGGAGCAUUUGUCUGGUUAUCUUAAAGGGGUAUUCCAGUAUUUUGUCUUCCUUCAGCUUUUGAGCCCAUGUUGCCAAGUUAUAAUACUAUGUAAUCUGCUUCUAUUACCUUUCUGCAACAAUUUCUCCUGUUUUUACACGCAAGACCACGUCACAUGGUCUCCAGGGGGCAUGGCUGCGCUGCAGUGGGUAUUAAUGAAGUAAUACUAUCCACCCACCCACAUCUACAGCACUUCUGGGUGUGGGCCCUGGGCAUGGAAAUGGGGACAGAGCAAUGCACAGUGGUAAUAGAAGCCUAUUAUAUAGUUUAAGAACUUAGCAUCAUGGGCUCAAAGGCUGAAGGAAAAAUCCUGGCAUACCCCUUUAAGUUGGCUUUAAAAGGAAUCCAUAUAGAGAAUGGGGAGGUAAGUUAAAACAUACUUACAGGGGUACUCCACUUUUUAGCGUUUCGAACAUUUCGUUCCGAAUGCUUGGUGCGGGCUUCGGGGGUCGCCACGCCCCCUCGAUGCAGUUCUAUGGGAGGGGGCGUGUCGGCCAUCACACCCCCUCCCAUAGGCUUGCAUUGAGGAGGUGGCCCGUGAGGUCUCGAGGAGGCGUGGCGACUCCCGAAACCUGCACCCAGAGUUCGGAACUAAAUGUUCUGAAUGCUGGGAAGUGCAGUACCCCUUUAAAGUUCCUGUGAAGCACGUAGCAUCCUAGGCACUGAUAUCUCAAGUGCAUCCAAAGGUGCAUACUUCACUACCCAGGAGGCGGAUCCUUUAGAAGUGACUAGAGCUCUGUGUACGGGGGACUUGCCCAUCCCCCUCCUCUCUGCUCAGAGUUCAGCUCUAGUGUCCAGUCAAGAGACUGCUUGAGUUCUUAUUGCACAGAGCUCUAGACACCUAUGUAGGAUCUGCUGCCUGGGCAACUAAAAUAUGUUUCUUUCUGUAAUGCAACCUGUAAUGUUGUAAUAUCUUUCCCCCAUGUACAUGAAACUUGGCUCAGAACUGGUGAAUGAUUUCCUUUAAGACUUGUCAUACUGUAGGAUCUUUUUCCUAAAGUCCAUAAUGACCCCAUAUGGCCUGCCCUACAGUUGUGGUGGUCUCGAUUACUGUAUGUGAGAGUGGAGUAUACCUGACAUGGGGCCAAAACCUUCAUGGAUCUGAGAUGUUAUUAACUCUUUAAAAGUGUACUUUCCGUUGAAAAAAAAAAAAAGUAUCUAUUUUUCUAUUGUUUCCAUGCAGUGUUUUUCCUUUGUGAGCGCUUCUGUCGCAGAACAUACAGUGGAAGAAGCUAUUUAGCGGUAUGAACGCGUGACCUGGACACCACGGAAACGUUUCUAGUGAGUAGUGUGCCGUCUCCUGAGUCAGUCACAGAUGGUCAAUGCUCUGUGCAGGAGACUGAUGGACUUUGUCAGUGAUGAUUCAGCGCAGGCUAAAAUAUUGUCAACAUUAAAUAUGAAUGAAAGUCGGGAUCGUUCAUCCGGUUUUUCGGUUUCACAAAGAUUUCCUGCCAAAUGUCUUUCCUCUUCUUCCUCGAGCACAUUGCGAUGCUGUUUAUAUCCAGAACUACCUAUUCUAUUCUUAUCACAUGACGUUAUUACCUUAGUUCAGGUGGGGAUAAGAGACUUUUUUCACGUGUCAUACAAGGUCCGGGGAACUGUUUUAAUAUACAGCUCUAAUAUAGAUUAUUUUCUGCAAUAGCAAAAACCUUCUUAGCGCUUUAGCAAGCAGUUUUUCCCAACCAGUGUGCCUGCAGC